AUGAUUCAAGAUUGGGGCAAUGGUGGUAGCUUCAACUUUACUACCAGUACCCUCCAUAAAUGCAAACGUCAGGUUUUGAGACCUUACUGGGGUCUCUUGACGUUUAUUGGUUGGCGAGGUUUUAAUAAGGAGUCAGUCUAUUUUCAUAUGUAUAGAUGGCGGAUUUUAAACAUAAUAUACCCAUCUGUCAUAACGCUGCUAUUGUUUUACACAUACAUGUAUGAGAUACUGGCCUGCGAAUGGAAACUGAAUCUUGACAAUGAGGUUACCAUGACAACACAGACCACGCCUACCACAACACCAAAUCACACCAGCGUAUCUGUUAACUGGAGUAUAAUCUACCCAGCAUUUGUGCCGAAAUUCAACUUAACAGAGGCUGUCCCACACAACACAGGUUGUGAUCACAUCAUCACCACUUACCUGGUUCCUAACCUGCUGCACUUGUUGGCUUAUGUCAUCGGCCUUUAUUACUUCAGAAUUCAAGAGAAUGAGCAGCUGUAUGCAUUAAUGGAAAAGGUGUUUUUGCAAGCAACAGCUGUCCAUGCAAUGACAGCAUCGCAGCAGAAAAUGAUUUAUAGAUUACGAAUGUUUCUUGUGUUUGGAUGUCUAUGGGUGGUUACAACUGUUCUUCUGCAAUGCCUCUACGUAUGGGCUUUCAAUUUUCCCAAGAUGCCACUCUUUGAAACAAUGGGUGAACUCAGUUACUGGAUUUUGUUUAGUCUGGAACUACUGGGUCGGACCUUGUUCAAUUCUGUCAUCUUAGCCAUAAUGAUGAACUAUGGCACACAGUGUGAAAUGAUCAAAUUCUACGUCAGAGGCCUCGGCAUGCGGCUUCAGGAAAAGUCAACAGAUCUGAAGGCUGCAAUGAAGGAUCUGCUGAUGUUGCGGCAAAGUUUAAGCCUGCUAAAUGGAAUCAUCUCAAAUAUGACAUCUUUGGCAUCUGUUAUCUUGGCAGAGCUAACAGUUAUUGGUUUGUGUAUUCUGUUCCUUAACAAACACAAUGAGCCGAAAGUCUGGGUGUAUCGGACCUUCUUUCCAGUCAUCUGGGCAGUUAUGCUCCUAUUUCCUUUAUUUCAGGCUGCUAGAGUUAACUCCGUGUGUCUCCAAGUUCAAAAGAUUGCCCUUGAGAUGAGAGUCUUUGGCUACAAGGGUGCUUCCAUUUUAGACCUGGACUCCUUUCUGCAGUUUGUGACAUUUACAAAACUGAAGGCUAAAUUGUUCCACGUCCCAGUACUGCCAUCAUAUUUGAUUUUCUCAGCUGUUGUUACAACUUUCGUCCUGCUCAUUCUUGUACAGAUAAGCCAUAUUGGACCUCCAGGUCAUAUUCUAUAG